ACCCGUCAGAGCCUUCCAGGAUCUCUUUUUUGCUGUUAGUCGAGGGACAUUGAGCUCUGUUGGUACCGACGGCAGGCAACGACGAGUACCAAAGGCCGGACCUCGCGGACCCUGCUUUGUCAAAAGGAUGGCCCGUUUCUCCGGCGACGAUGAGGCGACGCUGCAGGAGAUGCUGAGGCAGCUGUUCCAGAGCGUGAAGGAGAAAAUCAGGGGUGCUCCCUCCCUGGAGUGCGCCGAGGAGAUCCUCUUACAUCUGGAGGAAACUGAUGAAAAUUUUCACAACUAUGAAUUUGUGAAAUACCUUAGACAGCAUAUAUGCAACACUUUGGGGUCUAUGAUUGAAGAAGAAAUGGAAAAAUGGACAUCUGAUCAGAAUCAGGGUGAGGAAUCUGGCUAUGACACAGUUGUGCAGCAAGUUACUAAAAGAACUCAGGAAUCUAAAGAAUACAAAGAAAUGGUGCAUUCCCUGAAGAACAUCAUGAUGGUAGUGGUGGAAUCUAUGAUUAACAAGUUUGAAGAAGAUGAGAUGCGAAGUCAAGAAAGGCAGAAAAAAAUGCAAAAGGAGAAAAGCAGUAGCUACUGCACAGACAAUUGCUCUGACAGUGACUCAUCAUUCAAUCAGAGCUACAAAUUUUGUCAAGGAAAAUUACAAUUGAUUUUAGACCAGUUGGAUCCUGGGCAACCUAAAGAGGUCAGAUAUGAAGCCUUGCAAAUGUUAUGUUCAGCUCCACCAUCUGAUGUACUGAACUGUGAAAACUGGACCACUCUCUGUGAGAAACUGACAGUGUGUCUUUCAGAUCCUGAUCCCGUGUUUAGUGACCGGAUUUUAAAAUUCUAUGCACAGACAUUUACACUUUCACCAUUACUUAUGACCAAGGAAAUUUAUAUAAGCUUGGCUAAAUAUUUAGAGUUAUACUUUCUUUCUAGAGAAAAUCAUAUUCCUACUCUUUCAACUGGUAUAGACAUAACUAAUCCUAAUGUGAUUCGCUUACUUAAAAAGGUUCGUCUCCUAAAUGAUUAUCAGAAAGAGGUUCCAUCUUUCUGGAUUCGUCACCCUGAGAAGUAUAUGGAAGAAAUUGUGGAAAGUACUUUGUCCUUAUUAUCAGCUAAACAUGAUCAACGCCAUCUUGUCUUACAAAAGAUUUUGGACCCAAUCUACUUUCUUGCGUUGGUUGAUACCAAGGCUGUGUGGUUCAAAAAGUGGAUGCAUGCAUAUUAUAGCCGAACUGCAGUACUAAGACUUCUUGAAAAGAAAUAUAAGUCUCUGAUAACUGCAGCAGUUCAGCAGUGUGUUCAGUACUUUGAAUUGUGUGAGACCAUGAAAGCCGAUAAGAUUUUGGGACAUUCAAAGCCUUGUGGGAACAAACAGAAAACUUUCUACUACUCAGGACAAGAAUUACAAUAUAUUUAUUUCAUUCACUCACUGUGCCUUUUAGGAAGAUUAUUGAUCUACACACAAGGAAGAAAACUAUUUCCUAUAAAGCUGAAGAAUAGAAAAGAUUCUAUAUCCCUUACAGAUCUUCUGGUUCUGUUUACCCAGCUUAUCUAUUACUCACCAAGUUGUCCAAGGAUGACAUCAGCAGCACAUUUAGAGAAUUACUCCCCUGCAAGUAUGGUGACUGAAGUUCUACGGAUACUCUGUGAUCAAAAAGAAUGUGCGAUUGAAUGCUUAUAUAACAACACUGUGAUUGAGGCACUUCUACAGCCUAUUCAUAGUUUAAUCAAAGGAACUAAGGCUGUUCCAAAUUACUCUGAAACAGCUUUGAUUCAUAUAGCUGAUAUUUUGGCAAGAAUUGCAUCUGUAGAAGAAGGACUUAACUUACUUCUUUAUGGAGAAAUUAUGAACUCUUCUGAAGAAAAAAGUCCAACAGGUGCACAUAUAAUUGCCCAGUUUUCGAAAAAACUUCUAGAUGAAGAUAUUUCUAUUUUUUCUGGAUCGGAAAUGUUGCCCAUGGUUAAAGGAGCUUUCAUUUCUGUGUGUCGUCAAAUAUAUGGUACCUGUGAAGGCUUGCAGGUGUUAAUUCCUUAUAGUUUGCAUGAAUCUAUAGCAAAGGCAUGGAAGAAGACAAGUUUGCUAUCAGAAAGAAUUCCUACUCCGGUAGUGGGUUCAGAUUCUGUUUCUUCGGUAAGCCAGGAAUUCCAAAACAUUUUGGCUUGGGAAGAGAAUUUGUUAGAUGGUUUACUAAAUUUUGCUGCAACCCCCAAAGGACUACUACUUCUUCAAAGAACAGGUGCCAUCAAUGAAUGUGUGACAUUUAUGUUCAACCAAUAUGCAAAAAAAUUACAGAUCAGCAGGCAUAAAAAGUUUGGCUAUGGAGUUUUGGUUACACAAGUAGCAUCAACAGCAGCAGGCGCAGUAGCUCUACAAAGUUCAGGGUUUAUUAAUGCACUUAUAACUGAAUUAUGGGCCAAUCUGGAAUGUGGAAGAGAUGAUGUUCGAGUGACUCAUCCCAGAUCUACUCCUGUGGAUCCUAUUGACCGAAGCUGUCAAAAGUCUUUUCUAGCACUGGUGAACUUGUUAUCUUAUCCUGCUGUUUAUGAGCUGGUAGGCAAUCAAGAUCUUCCUAAUAAAGCAGAAUAUUCUCUUCGUGAAGUCCCAACGUGUGUCAUUGAUCUUAUUGAUAGACUUAUAAUUCUUAAUUCUGAAGCUAAGAUUCGUUCUUUAUUCAACUAUGAACAAUCACACAUCUUUGGUCUGAGGUUAUUAAGUGUGGUAUGCUGUGAUCUAGACACUCUGCUCCUGCUAGAGGCCCGGUAUCGAGUAUCUGAAAUGCUACUAAAUGCUCAAGAAGAAAAUAUCUUAGAGACUUCUGAGAGCCACAGGGAUUUUAUAAUUGAUGGCUUAUCGGUAGAAAGAAAUCACGUUCUUGUUAGAAUAAAUCUUAUCGGUGGGCCAAUGGAACGGAUUUUGCCUCUAAGGAUACUAGAGAAGGGUGAUGAUCCAUAUCCUUGGCCAAUGUUUUCAUCAUAUCCUGUACCAAACUGCUAUCUGUCAGAAGUUACAAGAAAUGCUGAUCUAAAACAAGACAAUGAUCUUGGCAAACUUUUGUUACACUUUAAAAUGUCUGAUAAACAAACUGAGUGGAUAGAAAACUGCCGAAGACAAUUUUGCAAACUGAUGAAGGCCAAACCCGAUCUAAUCAGUGGAGGUGCUUUAGUAGAGUUACUUGAAAAAUUUGUGCUUCAUCUCUUGGAAAGCCCAUCUGAAUGCUACUUCCCCUCAGUGGAAUAUACAGCUACUGAUGCAAAUGUGAAGAAUGAAAGUCUUUCAUCUGUGCAGCAGCUUGGCAUUAAAAUGACUGUCAGGUAUGGCAAGUCCCUCAAUCUGUUAAAAGACGGUGCAGAGAAUGAUCUCACCUUGGUCUUAAAGCACUGUGAGAGAUUCCUGAAACAGCAGCAGGUGCCUGUGAAGGCUUCUCUUCUCUGCCUGCAGGGGAGUUAUGCUGGCCACGACUGGUUUGUGUCUUCUUUGUUCAUGAUAAUGUUGGGAAAUAAAGAGAAAACAUUCCGAUUUCUUCAGCAGUUCUCCAGGCUUCUGACCUCUGCUUUCCUUUGGUUGCCAAGACUACAUAUUUCUAGGUACCUACCUAAUGACACUAUAAAAUCUGGCAUCCAUCCGAUAUAUUUUUGCAGUGCUCACUACAUUGAAAUGCUACUGAAGGCGGAGGUGCCACUUGUGUUUUCAGCCUUUCACAUGUCUGGUUUUGCACCAUCGCAGAUUUGCCUGCAAUGGAUAACUCAGUGUUUUUGGAACUAUUUAGACUGGAUAGAAAUCUGCCAUUAUAUUGCUACUUGUGUUUUCCUUGGUCCUGAUUAUCAAGUGUAUAUCUGUAUAGCUAUAUUCAAACAUCUGCAACAAGACAUUCUACAGCACACUCAGAUUCAAGAUCUGCAGGUUUUCCUAAAAGAAGAAGCACUGCAUGGGUUUCGAGUGAGUGAUUACUUUGAAUACAUGGAAAUUUUGGAACAAAACUACCGACCAGUGCUGCUGAGAGACAUGCAGAACAUUAGAGUGCAAAACACAUAGAUCAUGGAGCGCACAGUUUAAUUUUAUGUCAUAUUUAUUUUUAAAGGAAACAAUGAUUGAUUAUUUUCCAUCUGUGUCCAUAACCACAUAUGCUUUGUGAAUACACAUAUUGUAAGCCAAUACUGAGAGUUUUUGAACAUAAUAUAUUCAAGUAGGUAUUAGCUCAAUUGAUCAUGUGAAGCGAAUUCAUUUUUAUGUUUGUUAUUUUGUAAGGUUGUUUUAGAGUUAGAUUUAACUUACUUAUAUGUUUAACUUUCUUAAUGUUUAACAGCUAGUCCCAACCUACAUCGCCCCCUUCACCAGGUGAUUAAAAUGUUUUUUCCAAUGAGUUUGGAAAGAAGCAGCAAUUUUGUAAAUAAUUGUUUGACUAGCCAGAGAGAGUCUUUAGAGACAAGGAAGAGACAACUGUUUUCUUCAUUUUUUUAUGUCUACAUGUGUAAAGGAAAAUAGACAGAACCACAACUGGUUAUUUUACAUGUGGAGAACAAAUGACAUUUAUCAUGACAAGUGGUAGGAAAACUAUGUCCUCAGACAUAAUUGUUUUUCUAAGAAUUGCUUUUGAUACCUAUAUAAAUUUAUAAUUUUUCAUGUGAAAUGUAGUGUCUACAUGGUUCAUUUAAAAGAUAGAUUGGUUAUUUCAUCCUGAUGAGCAUUUGACUCUCAUUUGUUAUACAUUUGCUUUAGCGAUCAAUUUGAUUUGUAGUGAACUUGGAAACAUUAAGGAGAUUUCUAAAUUAUUUUAAAUGACUAACACUAUUUUAUUUUGUUUAAAUAGAAGUCUUUGCUUCAAUGAGAUUAAUACAGUAUGUGAGGAUCUAUUUUCAUAUAUCAUAACUGUGACAUUUAGUAUAUGAAAGACAAAAUGCAAACAUAUUAAAUUGUUAAUUGUUCAGUCAGCAACUUCAGCAAGUCUUUUAAAUUAUAGGUAGAGGUCCUUUUGUACUCAUUGCUUAUACUGAAACAUAAAUCAGCCAUUAAAACCAUCCUGAAGCAUUUUUCCUUUUCAACCAGAAAUGGCUCAUCCACAAACUCAUUUUUCCUUUUAGUAUGAUGAAACAACUGGUACCAUGCAGUUUUCAAUUUUGUGAUAUUUAGGCUAGUGCAAUAUCAACCUUCAGAAUCAGGUUUUAUGCUGUUAAUGCGAACAAUAGCUUCUCAGUAAUGGUGUUGCUAAAGGGCAUUGAAAAAGUUGAGAAAAGAAAAUUGAGCAAAUUAAUUUGACAUAUUGCUCACUGUAGCUCUGGCUGAUGUGGUUAAAUAAGGGAGUCCUAGGUGACACAAAACACCAAGCUUUGUCUACUUUCAAACUUAAUUUUGAAAAGCUGUUCCACAGAACCUUGUAAUACAUGUUUAUGGUUCCAUUUAUUCCCAUUCUGUUCCUGAGUUAUUGUUAUUGGUCCUAAGAAACUUGCAGCUUUAUUUCUUUUUAAAAGCUCUUACACGGUAAUUGGAAAUACAAAUGGAGAAGGGACUAUAACUUAAUUGUAUAAUAUUCAUUGGUGAUUUGGAUUGGAAACUGAAGUCAGAUCUAGAUACUAACAAUUACAUUUUGGAAAAGUGACUUCAGCUGGAGCCAGGCAGCUUUCAUUUUCAUUUGAUAAAUGUCCUAUGAACAAUGACCUAGCAAUUUGUUUGGUGAAAUAAAAUGUAAAAUAUGGUAGUUCGUGUAGCUACCAUUGUGAAUUUUUGUACCAAUUUUUAAGAAUACUCUUUAGAAUAGAAAUAAAUUCAGCACAGUCUUGCCUUCCCAUUUUGUUUUUAAUUAUUUAAAGUAUAAGUCCUCAAGACAGACUUUAUUUCUGAUCUGUGAAUGGAUACUUUGUACAUUUUACAGGAUUCAUUAUAAUAAACUA